UUUGAGGAGCUUCGGGUUUUGGAUAUUAAGUUUGUGUAUGGUUGCCCCAGGCCAACUAUUGUUGUGCUUUACCAGGAUGCCGAAGAUGUACGUCAUAUGAAAACUUACAAAGUUGCUUUGAAGGAUGAAUGUUUUGCUGAGGGUCCGUGGUCUCAGAAUAGUCUUGAUAAUGGGGCAGAAUUCUAUGGAGAUUCACAGAUGAUAAAGCUGAAUCUUCCAGCGGAUGCAAAAGGUUCUCAUGUGGAAGUUCUUAAAAGAAUUUCGCCCAAAAGUGUGCAUGGUUGGGGACCUGGGGUUUUCAAAGGCUGGUCUCCUAACAUGGCUUUCCUAUCGGCCAUCCCCAAUCAAGUGGGCAACUUUGCGAAAUUCACCACCAAAUCCUUGAAAUCCUUGUCGGCAUAUUUUUCGUCCUGGAACUUUUAUCCUGGUCCUGCGGCCUCUGCUGCCCCGGGUGAUAUUAUUUCGUGGUCUAGUAACUUAUCUCUUCCUGGUCCCGCUGCCCCGGGUGAUACUGUUUCGUCGUCGAGUAACUUAUCUCUUCCUGGUCCCGCCUCUGCCACGCUUGACCUCAGUUUGUGGCUCGACGAGAUGAACGAGCUCAUGCUCAUGGUGCAGCACCUGCGCAACGGAUCCCGCUAUUACUCGGUAAUCUAUACCAAAUUCAGUGUGUUCAAGCCAGUACUAAAAGAUAAUUUUUCCAGCUUGUCGUCUCUACUCGUAGCUAAAAACUGUGCUCCCGAGCCCGAUUAUCAUGUUCUUACUGGUUGCAAAGCAUGGAUGUUGAUGUCGUCAUGUGGAAAAAGUCCUGAAAUGGAUGAUGCGGUGUUUCUAUGGAACCCUAUCAACGAUGAGAUCAAAACCCUUCCGCCUUUUUGCUCUCAGCCACCCUUUCCUUCCCCGAUUGGUUCUCGCAUU